AGCCGGCGGAGGGAUUCGAGACCUGAGCCACUCACCGCUUGGUCGCGAGGUGAGGCCGCGCGGGUGGUGAGCAGCGUCCCGGUUUGCGCGUGCUGCGCGGACCUCUGAAGACAGCUGACGCGAACGCUGCCCAAGUGGAAGCCAGAGCGGGAGGUUUUGUUGGUGAGCGGCGGCCGCGAGGCCUGAGACUGGCGGCAGGCUGAGGAGAGCGCUGCGCGGUUUAAGAAGAUGACACAGUUUCUGCCUCCCAACCUUCUGGCCCUCUUUGCCCCUCGAGAUCCCAUCCCGUACCUGCCACCCCUGGAAAAGCUGCCACAUGAGAAACAUCACAACCAACCUUACUGUGGCAUUGCACCGUACAUCCGAGAAUUUGAGGACCCUCGAGAUGCCCCUCCUCCAACAAGGGCAGAAACCCGGGAGGAACGCAUGGAGAGAAAGAGACGGGAAAAGAUUGAACGGAGACAGCAAGAAGUGGAGACAGAGCUGAAAAUGUGGGACCCUCACAAUGAUCCCAAUGCUCAGGGCGAUGCCUUCAAGACUCUGUUCGUGGCUAGAGUGAACUAUGACACAACAGAAUCUAAGCUUCGGAGAGAGUUUGAGGUGUAUGGACCCAUCAAAAGAAUUCACAUGGUAUACAGUAAGCGCUCUGGGAAACCCCGUGGUUAUGCCUUCAUCGAGUAUGAGCAUGAACGAGACAUGCACUCCGCUUACAAGCACGCAGAUGGCAAGAAGAUAGAUGGCAGGAGGGUCCUUGUGGAUGUGGAGAGGGGCCGGACUGUGAAGGGCUGGAGGCCCCGGCGUCUAGGAGGUGGCCUUGGUGGGACCAGAAGAGGUGGUGCAGAUGUGAACAUCAGGCAUUCUGGCCGAGAUGACACUUCCCGAUAUGAUGAGAGGCCGGGCCCCUCCCCACUUCCACACAGGGACCGGGACCGGGACCGUGAGCGGGAGCGCAGAGAAAGAAGCCGAGAGCGAGACAAGGAGAGAGAACGGAGACGCUCCCGCUCUCGGGACCGGAGGAGGCGCUCCCGGAGUCGAGACAAGGAUGAGCGGCGCAGAUCCAGAGAGAGGAGCAAGGACAAGGACAGAGACAGAAAGCGCCGAAGUAGUCGGAGCCGAGAGCGAGCACGCAGGGAGCGGGAGCGAAAAGAGGAGCUUCGAGGUGGUGGUGGCGGUGGUGGUGGUGGUGGUGGUGGCGGCGGCGACAUGGCUGAACCCUCUGAAGCUGGUGAUGCAGCUCCUGAUGAUGGGCCUCCUGGAGAGCUUGGCCCUGAUGGCCCUGAUGGCCCAGAGGAGAAGGGCCGGGAUCGAGACCGGGAGCGACGUAGGAGCCACCGAAGUGAGAGGGAACGUCGCCGGGACCGAGACCGUGAUAGGGAUCGAGAGCACAAACGGGGGGAGCGGGGCAGUGAGCGGGGCAGGGAUGAGGCUCGGGGUGGGGGUGGCAGUGGUCAGGACAAUGGGCUAGAAGGGCUAGGUAGUGAUGGUCGAGACAUGUACAUGGAGGCAGAGGGUGGUGAUGGGUAUAUGGCCCCGGAAAAUGGAUAUCUGAUGGAGGCAGCUCCCGAAUGAAGAUGCUUCCUGUGUUGUGGACAUGCUUCUGUUUCGCUGUCUGCCUUCCUAGCCUUUCCACCAUGGCUUGUCCUCUGAGGUAGAAGUUUUUUUGUUGUUUUUUUGUUCUGAUCCCUUGGAUUUAAAAAUAAAAUUAAUUUCAUGAUUAA